AUGAGCGGUGGUGAUGAGAACAGAGGAGGAAUGGGAGCUGAUGAGAUCCGGUGGCAACAGUUGAACAACGUAGUCAACGAUUCCGUUAGUCUCGAAAGUCACUCUUGUGAUGUGAACGGUAUAAUUCCUGAUGAACCGUUUGAGAUUGACAAGAAGCUGUUGAUCGAUCCCACCCAGCUACUUGUUGGACCAAAAAUUGGAGAGGGUGCCCAUGGGAAGGUCUACAAGGGAAGGUAAAUCUUAGGCCUUGGAGAGUUAAAGAGAGGCCCUUUUGAUAUAGUGGUUGUUCAUAAUUUUAAUUAAGAAUGUCUCUACAGAUGUACUGCCUUUGUUAUUUGUUAUUUUUGAAAUUUAUCCCAAGUAGUAUUUUAAAUUAAUUUGAAGCACGGAUAUUGGAUCCUUUUCUUUCAUAGCCUCAAAUAAUUUUAAUUUGGUCUUACUAUUUUUUAAUCCUAUCCACGCCUGCAUGCAAUCAAUGUGUUUCUUCUAAAUUAGUGCAGACAAGGAUUCCUCAUCUGGAAUGCUUUAAUUUCUCUUCAGUUUUUCCCUUAAGACUGUAAGGGAUAUGCACAACUAUGUAUGAUAAUUUGACUUGAGAGUGACGGAUAUGCACACCUAUGUUUCCCCGUAUGUUCAUAAAAUUUAUCGGUCUACCUUCUUUUGUUCGUUUCUUUGUAAUAUCUGAAAUUCGAGCAAGAUCUCACUAUGCCAAGCUGUCAAAUUAUUUUGCUAGCUUUUUCCUUCUUUCUCCAACUGAUCUAUCUUUUUUUCAAUUAUCAUUGUUAUACACAAGCCAUUCCCAUGACAGUGCUGAAUAUUUGGCUGAAAGGAACUGGUCUAUAACAUCAUAAUUUUUUUUUGCCGUAUUGAUCUGGGAAGAUGUUCACUAUUUAUGCAACAAGGCUUGUCAGCUGAAACUCGGGCUUAAACUAUUUUUGCUGUUGGUCUUUUGUGCUAUUUAUAAGCUCACGGAAGUUGAUAUUAUGCUGUUUUACUAAUAAAUAUGGGUGUGCGCUGAAGGCUCUUGUUGGAUAAUUGGGUUUUCUGUUGCACACCCAAUUAUUCAUAAAUAUGGGUUUUUGCUGCUCUUUUUGGAUAAUUAGUAACCGUAUCACAUUUAAAGUUGCUGGUCUUCGUUUGAGUCCUCAAGUUUGCCCACCCUUCAUGUCACAGAAUAUGUUUGACUUUCUUUUUUUAGUUUAUUUUUCCUAGAAAAAUAUUUUUUGUGUACUGUUUUUAAAAUUUUAUUUUUUUCACUUAUUUUUAUUUGGAAAUAUAAUUCUUCUGUUAUCUUUUCAUCAGGUAUCGUCCACAUAGUGGACAAUUCGUCGCUAUCAAAGUUCUUAAUGGUGGUUGCACUCCUGAAGAGAAAGCAAGGCUCGAAGGCCGUUUUGCUCGUGAAAUCAACAUGAUGACUAAAGUAAAGCAUGAGAACCUUGUCAAGGUAUGCAAAAAAUAUCUACGGGCUUCUAAUUGAUAUUGUUGUUUGUAACAACACGUUAUCAGGUGCUGUAUUCAAUGGGCUCACUAAUCAGAAGUUCAGGGCAAAUGAUUGAUGAGCAGAUCAUUAACAUUUCUCAAUCAUGAUACCAAAUACCUUCAAACUGAACCACUCCUCUAGAAAGCAUUAAAAUGCCAAGGUUCACUUGCAGCAAAUCGCCUAGGUUCAACAGCGGUUGUUUUUUUUCAAAGAUUGAAAGGUCAUCUAACUUCGUAGUUAACCACACUUAAAAUGGUCCUAGUAAUGUUUGUAAUAAGUGGGGAUUUCUUCUGAAUGAGGGGAAUCUUUUGGUUGUCACAGGUGACAAAGUUCGAAUUGCAUUAGAAAAUGUGGUGUGCAAACGUAUCCUAAAACCAACGUUAUCAAAGAUAUUUAUGAUGCAGUUGACACUUUGAUCCUAAAUCAGAUUUAUUAGAUUGAUGGGAUUUCACCAUUUCCAUACUGCCUUGUACAGUUUAUUGGAGCUUGCAAGGAUCCUUUUAUGGUGAUUGCCACUGAGCUACUACCUGGAAUGUCACUUCGUAAAUAUCUGACCAGCACUCGUCCUAGGCGACUAGAUCUUCAUGUUGCUGUGAACUAUGCCCUUGAUAUUGCCCGUGCAAUGGAGUGCCUGCAUGCCAACGGGAUUAUACAUAGAGAUCUGAAACCAGGUAGUAAUUUCGUUUCUCUGACCAGUUUUGGAGAAAACUCGUGCUUGUUAAAUAGAUUAAUAGAUUACCUGUUUUCAUCUCAUAUUUCUACGUAACUGAAAGUUAUUCCCUUUUUGAAGUAUUUAACGUCGCUCCAGGGCUGCUUUAGUCUGGUGGCCAUGCAAUUUACGAAAUAUUUCUUUAAUUUAUGGUGGCCCUAUUCCCCAUGCCGUAUUAUAUGUUCUUGAUUAAAUCCAGACUUCAAUAAAAUCUUAUUGGAAAAUUAAUCUGUAAUUGAAUUAUGAAUUUAAAUAAGUAAAAGCAAAUCAGCUGCCAUGUCUAUCCCAAGACAGUGGUCAACAGAUUACCAUAUGGCUGAGGCAAUUGUGUAGGCCAUCUAUUGCUGCGGCAGUUAGCUAGAUUGCCUCGCAUUCUAGCAUUGUGGAGUCAAACACCGUCUCCAUCCAGACUUUUCUAGAGUCUAGUGUCUUUCUAAAGCUGUUAAUUGCGAUGGAGUAUUCUCUAUGAUUUGCAUCGUGAUAAGGUUCCUCUUCAUGGCUCUAGCUAAGCCGUUAUUGGCAAAGCUACGGGUAAAUAUCAACACCGAGAUGUGCGUUGUUUUGAUAUGAUUUGCCUUCUGCAGCGCUCAAUUAAAAGUCCUUAAUGGUGAUCUAUUUUCCCGUAAGUUCAAGAGCAGAAGUUCUAGUUUGAAGUUUUUGCGGCAUUCAUGGCUGGCAUUUAAUUUAGGUAAAUCUUUUAUUUUGAUGUUCCCCUUUCUUGUUUUUUUCUUUACUGAGAGGAACAUAAGCAUCAGCCUGCAUCGUCAACUUACCGUCAGUUUCUACUGAAGGAAGAUCUUUUCUUCUUUCUUUUUCGUUUGGGACGAGAUCAUGGAUGCCUGGCGAGUAGGUUUCAGCUUGGAACAUGAAUGUCGAAUGUCUUAUUACUCAAUGAUCUGCCGCUGAAAAGAUAAAGCACGUUGAUCUUAUUCUGUUAACAUAAUGAAAAGCAGCUAGUGCCGCUCAAAUGGUUGGUCCCUGAAACUUGCCUCAAGAAGCAAGGUCAUGGAUUACCUUUGGUGCCCUCAGCAGGGCGGGAGAUCUUCUGGUCAGGUUUCAUGAACCUCGGGGGUUUAUCUCACCUACUGGACGUUUUGCUGUUUUCUGCUUCCUAGAAAUGUGUAUACAGGUUUCUCCUUUUCGUAUGCGUCAAGUAUGGUGGCGUGAAGUAAUUCUGGUUUGAAUGAAAAAAAUGCAGAUAACUUGUUGCUGACAGAAAAUCAGAAGAAUGUGAAGCUUAUUGAUUUCGGACUUGCUAGAGAGGAAUCUGUCACUGAGAUGAUGACCGCAGAAACGGGGACGUAUCGUUGGAUGGCUCCUGAGGUUGGUAUAUCUGUCCAAUCACCUUCGUUUUUUUCAUCUAAAAUACACAGAUUUCAUUCUAAAAUUUUUCUAUCAAAUUGGCCAGAGGGGUCAUUUGCAAGCUGCAUUUAGCGUGUAUAUAUGAUACUUAAAGAAGGAAAACUAAGUAGAUCUUCUGUUGAUCAAAAGAGUGAGCAGCUUGCUUUCGAAAUGAAAAGAAAAUUGAAGUCCUGCAUGUCGAACCCUCACGCAUGUGGGGUAUUGAAUGCCUGUUCUCUUGUGGGAUGGGUAUUUAGGCCCUUUGACUUCCCUGCAAGUGCAUAAUCGGUGAUUCUGCUUGGUGUUUACUAAUUUUUAUAGCGUAUGGGAUUAACUCUUCCCCUUGCGAUUGCAGCAGAAGAACACACGUUUGAUUGCAUCCGGAUUUGCGAUUUUCCCAUUCUUACUGCUCUCUCUCUCUCUCUCUCUCUCGCUAUUUAUGUCUGUGUGUGUGCAAUUUGAAACGACUUGUUUCCUAUCACUGACGGCUUCAUUCUGAAUUUAUGGUGCUUAAAAGACUAUUCUUUUGUGCCACGAGAGGUGUUGAUAUUCAUUAUUUUUCCAUUCCUCCAUGGUAUUGGAUAUGUGACAGCUAUACAGCACUGUGACCCUGCGUCGAGGAGAGAAGAAACAUUACACCAAUAAGGUUGAUGUUUAUAGCUUUGGGAUUGUUUUAUGGGAGUUACUGACCAACCGUAUGCCGUUUGAGGGAAUGUCAAACCUACAAGCUGCAUAUGCUGCUGCAUUUAAGGUAGAUGCUACCUCUCUCUCUCUCUCUUACUGUCUGUCUGUCUCUCUCUCAUCGCAGUCCAUAUCGUUUCUCCUGUUCUUGGAGGUUAUAAGUGCAGUGCAAAUUGUGGGGAUGUUGUUUUCUGAUUCUCUCGAUUUGUUGUGGGGGAUCCUGAGCAGCAAGCGAGACCGGAUCUCUCCGAAGACAUGCCCCCGGAGCUCGUCUCCCUCAUGCAGUCUUGCUGGGUCGAGGACCCCAAGAUGCGGCCCAGCUUCGCCCAGAUCAUCCAGACACUCAGCGAAUUCCUGCUCACCCUCGCGCCGCCUUCUCCGGAGCCUACUGAUGCCGCGGGAGCAUCGCCGAGCUGCAUGGAAGCCAGUAUGUCCUCAUCAUCCGCGCGGGCCGGAGGCAAGCUGUCCUUCCUUCGGCAGAUGUUCACCACCAAGAAGGCGGGAAGCAAGCCCUGA